AUGGAGGAGUUUGAGUUGUUUGAUCUAGGCUUCGAGGGAACGACGAUCAGAGAUAGCCUGCGAUUCCGAAGAGAAGGAACCUUUAAUGCGAUAGUCUUUGAUAGCAACAACUCCUAUGGCUCUACAUACCAUGGAUACUCUGGCCUGAAGAAGAGUAAGUAUAUCGACGAGUGUGUCCUCAACAAGGGCACCGGAGAUGCAAGGCUCUUGCUUGAGGCAUUUCCUGCAGUAUUUCGUCCAACAGACAGGCAUAUUCCAGAGCUUCAGGAGACGGGAAUGAUGGAAUUUCUUCACCUCAUAAAAAUACAGAAGCAUUUCUAUGUCGAUCCAUCAGGGAAGACAUACAGGAUACCAUACACCAAGACAGAGAUUGCAGACUCUGACGCCCUGAGUCUCAAGGAAAAGAACUUGGUUGGGAGACUACUUAAUGGGAAACUAUCUCUUGAAGAGCUUUAUGAGUCGCUGUCUGAAAAGACAAGAGAAGUCUUAACGAACGGGGUUGUCUGCGAUGGCAGGAACCACAAAGAGAGGAUGGCGAGGUACAUGAGAAACUUCGGAGAUGUUCCGUUUCUGUACCCGCGGCAUGGCCUCAAGGAGAUAUCGGAGAUGUUUUCGAGGUGCAAUUCGAUGUGUGGCGCUGGGUAUGUUCUUGACAGUGCACUUGUAAUUUCUAAUAAGACCAAGGAAACGCUGGACAUGUUCUCUCUGAAGCAGAAGGACGGAAAAACGGUCCCGCCUGAGUAUAUGCACAGAAUCGACACCAGUUACGGGACGAUUUUUACAAAGAGGAUUAUAAGGGCCGAAAACAAGGAGCUUGUAAGCCAUGUAAGGGCUAUCAAUACCGAGAGGGAGGUGCUUGCCAAGACUUUUUUUGCAUUUGUGCAGCGAGAAACCACCUCAAUGAAGGUGAUUGGGUUGAGCUCAGACACCGAAUGUUGCCCAGAAGGAACCUACCUCACGUACGUUAUCAAAGCAGACGAGCCAGUCACAGAGGAAGACCUGAAACUUCUGCAUGUAGAAGAAAAGGGUGUGAUUGAGGAUAUUUCGUACCAAACGAAAUUUUCGUUUGAGUUUGACUCUCUAGACGAGUGA